AUGGCCGACGACCCUCAAAGCGGUAGCCCAAAGUCGGAUCCCAUCGACGCCAAGGAGGAUGCUGAGACCGCUGCGGCUCGCAAAGAGUUGAAGCAUACGGCCAUUUCAGAGAAGUCUGAGGGGGCCACCGGCGCGACGACACCCCAGCUCAGUGCCGGCGAUGAGCAAAAGGAGCAAGUCUCGUCACCCAAGAAGAAACAGAAGAGGGCCCACGACCAGCUCGAUGACGAGGACAGAGACGCUGAGGAGGCGGACAGCAAGAGCGUUGCGUCAAGCGACUCUGCCAAGGACAGGGCUUCGCGACUGGAACCCGAGAAGAAGAGGCACAGAGAUGGAGUGACUGUUGACGCCGCCGCCGACUCUUCUGUAACAUCGCCCGUCACCGCCGAAACGAAAACGCCGAACAGCAUUUCCACUACGACCGAGGUCACGUCCGCAGCAGCAGAAAACUCUGCCAAGGAGGAAAAGCAGGGGACAUCGGCUGCCGCUUUUGCCAGUUCUGGCUUCGCCAAGCUGGCUGCAUCAAGUGCGUCACCGUUUGGCUCAUUGGGAGACUCUUCAAAAGGCAGCGUUUUUGGCGGAUCAACGUCCUCAGCAUUGCCAUUUGGCUCCCUGUCGCCGUCCAAGCCCGCUGCGGCUCCUAUUGCCGCACCGACAUUGAGUUUUGGAGGCGCUGGCGCCGCCUCAUCGCCGUUUGCCAGCGUUAAGACCGCCGGCGCAAACGGUUUUGGUUCGGCAUUCGGCAGCGGCUUCGGCAGCGCACUGUCAGGUAAACCCUUGACGAGCUUUGCCAAGGCAGGAGAGUCUUCCUUCAAAAGCGAGAAGCCUGCCAAACCUUUUGGCGCACCGGAAAGCGACGCGGACGAUGGAAGCGGCGAUGACGCUGACGGCGAUGAUGUAUCUGCUUCAGAGUCUGGUGACAAGGAGGAAAAGGAGGAGUCUGACAAAGAAGAAUCCAAGGCUGGUGAUGAUAAGAAGCGCACCAAGCUGCAGAAAAUCACUGUCGAUGAUGGCGAGGCCGGUGAGGCUACGAUAAUUCAGGUCAGAGCCAAGAUGUUCUAUCUGGAGAAGGAGGUUGGUUGGAAGGAGCGUGGCUCCGGUAUGCUGAAGAUCAACGUGCCUGUAGCUUGCGUUUCGUUCGAUGACUCAGGCCUUCCCAUUCCCGGUUCUUUUGACGCAUCGGGCCUGGAGAACGACGAGGAUCCAGAGGCUGGCGGCAGCACGGCCCAUAAGGUUGCCCGUCUGAUCAUGAGACAAGAUCAGACACACAGGAUACUUCUCAACACAGUCAUCUUGCCUGCUAUGAAGUUCCAGGAGAAGACGUCUCUCAAGUCCGUUGGAGUCAUGUUCACCGCAUUCGAGGGUGAAGAGGCGAAGCCCGUCAGCGUUCACAUGAGGAUGAGUGCAGCCAGCGCCAAAUCGUUCCUCAACGAAGUUGGCAUGCCGACAGCUAGCCGCGCAGAGGCCGUUUUGGUCUCCUCCAAGUCAGUAGCCAUGCAAAACGGGACAGAGGCUGUCGUGCAAAAAGCCCGGGGGAAGCGGAAGAGAAAGGACAAUCAAGGAGCGAUUGCCGACAGCGGAAACCGGGGAGUUUCUUCGGCAGGCGGCCAGCUCGGCAAUGACGAUACCUCGGACAGCCAGAAAAGUACCAAGGCCCGGAAACGGACCGCGUCGAAGAAGACUGCCUCCGCUCUAAAUCGCACAGAGAGCGCCGCAUCUUCGGUUACGUGCAACGUUGAAUGGCCAGAUUCCUUCAAAGCACUGGAGAAGACGCAUCGCGCUCUCAACUUGGUCUUUACUUUCUGCUGUACGCGCAAGCACCUUGCCACGACCUUUGAGACGAUCAGAUCUGCAGUCGAAUCGCACACCAAAAAAGUAUUGACAAUCGAGGAUGUCGCAUCUAUUGCAGCUGUGCGGCCAGAAGGCGUCAACUUUGCCUACGUUGACGAAAUCAUGUUGCAAACCGAGGUCAGAGGGGCGGAGCGCGACGUGACAUUCAAGGCGGGACGGGACUUCCGCUCUCAAGCACCUGCUCCCGAUGCUUCUGUUGGCGGGAUAUCUGGCCUUGAGAAGCUAGACCAACACCCCGACGAGCGCGUCGAAGGGGGAAAAGAAGUGCUGUACUUCGAAUUUGUGGAUGGUGACCUGAAGCGACAGGUCAAGGACAAGAAGACUGGCGAAAUCACCAAGCCAAACAGGAAAUUGAGGGAAGAGACCCUGAAAAUACCCGUUUACAGCCAGAAGCAGAUGACGAAUCUCAUCGAGAGAAGGAAUCAAAAGUUCAUUGACGCAAUGAACGCAUUCAUCAACCAAUGUAUCUCCGACAAUCUCGACCCCGAGCAGGCUCUGUCCAAGGCAGCAGAGGCCUUCAUACCAGCGCCGACGGUCCCGGAGGAUCCGCCCGAAAAGUGUCUCGGAGCGUUGCCCGAAUCGAUACCUACGGAACGGAAGAGCAUUCCUGAAAUCGUACAGGAGAUGAAAGACAGCCCGUGGUACACAGGACAGAUUGUACCUGAUGGUCAUCGCGUCUUUGAGCCUCAGGAGGCCGUCUAUGGAGAUCUCAACUUUCUCCUCAGUCAGGAUUUGGUCAAUGCCUUGUACAAUGCUAAAGGGAUCACGCAAUUCUUUGCUCAUCAAGCGGAAGCGAUUAACGGUCUGUUGGAGGGCCAGCACGUAGUUGUUGCCACUUCCACGAGCUCAGGAAAGUCUCUCAUCUACCAGCUUCCGGUUAUACACGCUCUAGAAAAGGACUACCACACACGAGCAAUGUACAUCUUCCCAACGAAAGCGUUAGCCCAGGAUCAAAAGAGGAGCCUGAGGGAGAUGCUGAGCUAUAUGCCAGGGAUGGAACAUGUGCUUGUGGAAACUUUCGAUGGAGAUACGCCCAUGAAAGAACGAAAUGCGAUCCGAGACGAAGCAAGGAUCAUCUUCACCAACCCAGACAUGCUGCACAUAACGAUUUUGCCACAGGAAGAGAGAUGGAGAACGUUCUUGAAGAACCUGAAAUAUGUCGUCGUUGAUGAGUUGCACUACUACAACGGACAGAUGGGAUCUCAUGUGUCUUUCAUCAUGCGGAGGCUGCGACGAAUUUGUGCCGCGGUGGGAAACCGCCACGUCAAGUUCAUUUCAUGUUCGGCAACCGUCGCCAACCCAAAGCAGCACUUCAAAACAAUAUUCGGUAUUGAGAAUGUGAGGCUGGUCGACUUUGACGGUUCUCCAUCAGGCAAGCACUCAACGCCUGAACCUUUAAACAAUCAAUGUCGAAAGGAGUUUUUGUGCUGGAACACUCCAUACCGAGACCCAGGCGAUCCAGCUAGUGGACGAGGCGAUGCAAUGUUCGAAUGUGCGCGCCUCUUUUGUCAGCUGAUGCUGAGAGGCGUACGAAUCAUCGCCUUCACCAGGUGCGAGAAGCUAGUGACUGCUGUGCAGCAAGAACUAGAAUCCAUUGGGCGGCCGGAGUGUGUCAAUAGGGUCAUGGGCUACAGGGGGGGCUAUACGGCCCAGGAUAGACGCAGGAUCGAGUCGGAGAUGUUUGAGGGAAAGCUGCUUGGAAUCGUUGCCACUACAGCUCUGGAGCUCGGUAUCGAUAUUGGCACACUAGACUGCGUGUUGACAUGGGGCUUCCCGUACACAAUCGCCAACCUACGACAGCAGAGUGGACGAGCCGGACGAAGAAACAAAGACUCGCUCUCCGUCCUAGUGGGAGAUUGCUUCCCCACUGACCAGCACUACAUGCAGAAUCCCGACGAACUCUUUACCAAGCCCAAUUGCGAGCUGCAGGUUGACCUUGAAAACAUGCUGGUACGAGAGGGCCACAUCCAAUGUGCUGCUUACGAGAUGCCUGUUCGGCCUGUGGAGGAUGCCGAAUACUUUGGUCAAGAUCUUCCCCAAAUCUGCGAAGAACGUUUGCUCAGGGACGCCAUGGGCUUCUACCAUUGCCACGAUCGGUUCCGGCCCAUUCCGUCGAGGUUUGUUGCCAUCCGCGACACGGAAGACGAUCAUUUCGCAAUCAUCGACAUUACUCAUGGCAAGAACGAAGUUUUGGAGGAACUGGAGGCUUCAAGAGCCACGUUCACGAUCUACGACGGCGCCAUUUUCCUGCAUCAGGGAAGCAAGUACCUCGUCCGGGAUUUUCAGCCAGACAAGAUGAUGGCACGAGUGGAACGGGUCAAGGUUGAGUGGACCACGACGCAACGAGACUUCACCGACAUAGAUCCCAUCGAGACAGAAGCGAUCCGGCGUAUAUCCGGAUCUUUGUCGAAGGCUUUUUACGGCACGAUCAAGAUCCAGCAGAACGUAUACGGAUUCUUCAAGGUCGACAAGAAGAAACGGGUUCUGGACGCUGUUCAUGUGGACAACCCUCCCGUCAUUCGAUAUGGGAAGGGGAUGUGGUUGGACAUACCGAAAAAGGCGCUGCAGAUCCUGGCCGACAGACGACUACACAUCGCCGCGUCCAUUCACGCGGCAGAGCAUGCCAUCUUGAGUCUCAUGCCCAACUUUGUGAUUAGUCUGCCCGGCGACGUGCGGACCGAGUGCAAGGUGGCGCUCAAGGAGUUCGCCAAGAAGGAGUCGCAGAGGAAGCGGCCAGGUCGACUGACGUUUUACGACGCAAAGGGCGGUGCCAGCGGCUCGGGGAUCAGCACCAAGGCCUUCGAACACAUUGACCACCUUCUGCAGCAAGCACUUAAACGAGUCGAGGAAUGUUACUGCGAGAGUGGCUGCAUUGAGUGCGUGGCCUCGGAGCUGUGCAAGGAGAACGAUGUGAUGAGCAAGGCAGGCAGCCAGGUCAUUCUGAAAGCCAUCUUGAACAUGGAGAUUGAUGUAGAGGCUCUGCCAAUGGGCCCCGAGGAGCAGUGUCCGGCGGGGUUAGAGACAGUGAUUGUUGCCCAGCCUGUGCCACCCAAAGACCGCAACAACCUGAGGCUGAUUGACAUCAAGGAGGAGGAGUUCGAGGACCAGGACACGGUGCUCUUGGAGGACGCAGAGAUGUGGACCGGCGAUGAGUGA